AUGUUGGGGUUUUCGCGCUUGUUUGGUGGGGACAGUGAGGGCCCCAUGAGGCCGAAGAAGUUGCUGCUGCUGCUGCUGGCAGCAGCAGCAGCAGCAGGAAGUGCAUCAGGAGCACUAACUUCGCAGCAGGAGUUGAUUGUGGAUGCUCAUGCAGGAGGACCAAGAGGAGCAGCAGCAGCAGCAGCAGCAGCAGCAGCAGCAGAUUUUGGCUAUGGUGUAGAGGCCUUUGAGAAAAAGUUUAGGAGGCAGCUAGAGAAUUUGCAUGCACAGUCUGCUGCAGGAGCAGCAGCAACAGGAGCAGCAGGACAAGGUGGUAUAGGUGGUAUAGGAACAGGAGGAGGUGCAGCAGGAACAGAAGCAGCAGAAGCAGCAGCAGCAGCAGAAGAAGCAGCAUUAGCAGCACAAGACUUUGGUGCCCUCUCCCCCUCUGACGCAGCAAAAAUCACAAAAAAAGAAAUUGAUUUUCCCCCUAGAUUGGAGACCCAACCUCAUUGGAAAGUUAGAGCCAGAAAAUUCCAACGAAAAGCUCGAAAAUUGAUAUUGAUGAUAUUGUUAUUAUUUAUAUUUUUACGAAUGGCGGAUAUAGUUCGUGUAGUAGUUGGUGACGAGGCAGCAGCAGCAUUCUUACGUGAUGAGGAGAAGGAGGCAAAAGAAUAUAUAUUAUAUAUGCAGAAACAGGAGAGGGCAAUGGAGAUACAGAUGAAGGAUAUUCUUAAGGAGGAGAGGGAAGAAAUAUAUAAAGAAAAACAAGAAAAAUAUGAACAAAGAAUGCAGCAGCAGCAGCAGCAGCAAGAAUUACUGCAGCAAGAAAUAGAAAAACAUCUUAAUAAAACACCAAUGGAUGAACAAAAUGAGCAUGAUAUGUUGCUGCAGGAGGAGGAGGAGGAGGAGGAGUAG